AUGACCCAUUACCUUCGAAGUCGGCAUGAUGGCAUUUGCGUCGGAGUCAACACGGUCAUCGCGGAUGACCCAGCCCUCAACUGCCGUAUCGCCUUGGGCGAACAGCCCCAACCCAUCAUCAUCGACCCCCAGGCCCGAUGGAACAUCUCGGACCAAAGCAAAGUCCUCCAAGUUGGAGGCAAGUUCCUCACAGUCAAGCUGAACGAGAGCGGCCGGUUCGAGUGGCCCGACAUCUUCGCUGCCCUUUUCGAAGAAGGACUUCGCAGUCUAAUGAUUGAGGGCGGUGCGUCCGUUAUCAACUCGCUCCUUGAGCCGGUCAACCAAGUCCUCGUGGACUCUGUGAUUGUCACAAUAGCCCCGACUUGGCUUGGCCAAGGUAGUGUUGUAGUCUCGCCCGAUAGAGUCCAUGAUAAUGGGGUUCCCGUCCCCGCUGCGAGGCUUUCCGAUGUGGAGUGGCACCCCUUGGGAGAGGAUGUCGUCUUGUGCGGUCGCUUCUGA